CCGGAGGAGCAGCCCUAUACACCCACUACUGUAGACGCAGACAUAGCCGAGGAGGAGGAGAAGAAUGAAGAGGAAGAUAAGAUUGAAGGAGAAGAAAGGGAGAGGAAGACUAGAUCCAAGGCUAAGCAAUCCUUUAACAAUAAGUGUGGUAUGAUGGCCCACACCAAGCACUGUACCAUGUCCCAGGAGACCAUGCUGCAGCAAGAAGGCACACCCAGAGUCCAAAGCCGCCAAGAAGAAACGGCCACAGGUGUCCUGCGAUAUGUGUGGCAAGACCUUCGCUCACCCCUCGGACAUCUCAGAGCUCCAUGACUGUCAGAAAUGUCAUCUGACUUUUCCCUCGUUGGAGGACCACUGGAAGCACAUCCAGGAGUGCCACCCCAAGGAGUUCCACCAGUGUCCUGAGUGCAACAAGAUGUUCACCAACCCCGUCCUGCUGGAGAAACACAUAGCUGUGCACGCUGGGGGAACACCAUACAACUGCAAGCUUUGCCAGAAGUCCUACCUGAGAGAGAGAGAUUCCCUGUAACACUGACAUCCUUGGCUUGAAAGGAGUUUCUGUAUUGUGACUCUAUAACAAUUACAUUUUUUCUUUGCAUCUUUGCAUUUAACCUCGUUCUCUCUCAAACACACAUUGGCCUAUAGCACACACACAUUUAUUCUCAUGCUUUACUAUUAAAGGAUGAGUUGGUAAAGCCUUGUGCUUGCAACGCCAGAGUAAUGGGUUCGAUUCCCGGGAACACCCAUA